AUGACGCAUGAGCUGCUUGAAUAUACUGCAGAAAUGGCUGUUCUAGCUGCUAUGUUUGCAACAAAUGAAGCAAGUGAGCAUGUGAUGAUGCCCUCCACAGAUUGCUCUCCAGCCCAUCUUCCUAGAGAGGAAGUUCCGUGUUCUGAAGAAGCUGAUGCUGUAUGCUGUCCCGUACCUGAUCUGAGCCCAGCAGUUUGCAACCGAUCUACAGACAGGUCUCCAAGUCCAGCUCAGAAUUCCUACCUUGGCAUCACCAAGGACACAACAAUCUCACAGAAAAAAAUAAAAUCGAGAAGAGGACGCAGUAAAGUAAAGAGCGAAGCAGUAAUCACCAAACAGAGGAAAAAUAGACGCAUGAAAGCCAACGACCGAGAGCGCAACCGCAUGCAUAACCUUAAUUCUGCACUAGAUGCGCUGCGCAGCGUCCUACCAGCCUUUCCGGAUGACGCUAAACUUACUAAGAUUGAGACUUUACGUUUUGCUCACAACUACAUAUGGGCUCUGACAGAGACUUUGAGACUUGCAGACCAGAGUGUUCUGGAAUCUGGUCCGGAGAGGUUCUACUCUUGUUUCCUGCAGGAGCUUGCUAGUCCGGACAGUUCAUCCACCGGCUCUGACUGGGAUUCCCUAUACUCUCCCAUCUCCCAGACUGGCAGUCUCAGCCCCUGCAGAGGUUCUUGCAAAGAAACAUUCCCCUUUGCAACCGAUCGAGGUGUUCAUUCCAGUAUUUCACUUCCAUGGUAA